AUGGAUUUGGUGAAUGAAAUUUGUGAUUUAUUACAAUGUCAUGUCAACCGGGAUAAGGUGGUGAGUCUAGCGAGCUACACGUUAAAAUUAUGGGGCGCUACGGCAGAGAGAAAAGAUUUGCUGACAGCGAGCGCGCGACUCGCGAGCGCUCGCGCUACGUUACGACUGUUUGACGACGCGGCUGCACUCAAGAAUAUGGUUACCUAUGGACUAGGAGAAAAGGAUGGCCUGUUCUGGGGCACAUUAGGAGUCACAAACGGUGUGCUAACGCUGGCAUAUCUUCAAGCAGAGAAGUUGGUGUGGCUUUUGGACACAGGAGUACUGAAACUCAGCACAGAGGCCGGCGAUCGUGUUAGAAUUGCACACAAACUUUUUUGGUCGCUCGCCGCUUUCUUAGGAUUUAUUAGAUCGUUGAGAGCUCUCCAUCUCGCGGCACAGGUCGCUCAAUCCCCUAGUCGUCCUCUAUGCGCGGGCGCACGGUACUCAACUGCUCGGCUCACUUCAACUAAGCUAGCUCUAGACGUAGUGCACGCGGUGAGCUGGCUGCCCCGCGGCUGGUUGUGGGGCGGAGUCCUGCCGCAGUCCCGCGUCGCGGCCGCCGCCACAGCCUCCGGUGUGCUAGCACUCGUUAUACAUUACAACACCAAGAGGUUAACUCCACCCGCAAAGUGA